AUGACUGAUCAGCAGCAGCUUUCCACAAUGCAAAAUACUGAAGAAGAGUUUCAGGAUUCGAUGUUUGAUACGAACACCUCAUCGAAGUCACAUCAAUCUGUAAAGGAAAUAGAGGAAUCAAAGAGACAAAAUUUACUUGAUCAAUACAAUAUGAACGCAAUGAAUCAAGUUAUAAAUUCCAGUGAAUCCAGACCGGUAAAUGUGAUCGAUUUGAAUGUUCUAGGUGCAAAUGGUAAAUUCAGGGAAUCUUUUAUAAAUAAGCAGCUACAACCGAUAAUAUACCACAUGAAUGACCAUGGUAGAAAUAUGACGCUAAGCAAACUAUUGAAGAAUAUUGACCAAGUGCACUAUAAUCUGAUGAAGUCAGAUGUGAUCACAAAUUUGGGUUGUCAGCUAUCUAUUCCAGAGCAACAACCAUUUAAUAUCUUCAACCCAGAUUUAUUGAAUGUUAUAGUGAACCUUCAGGUAGUUCCCGUCAAGAAAUUCUUUAUGAAAAUUGGAACCAAUGUUGGAAAUGGUGAAGGAGAUGGUUACGUCAAAUUACAGUGGAAAAAUAUAUUUGGUGGUGGGGAAUCGUUGGAUUUAGACACAAAUAUUGCUUCAAAUGAGCUAAAGAUGAAAUCGAGCAAAUCAGAAUACCUGGUUAACUACUCGAGUCCCAUAUUAAAUUCAGCCAACUAUAAAUUCAAUUCAAUUCUGUACCACUCUUCAAGGAAUAUAGAUUUCACCUCUUAUCAUGCCCAAACAAUUGAAGGUUUAACUUUAAAAGUUGGAACUAAUUAUUUGCCAGUUGAAAAUAAAAUUAACCAUGAGCUCUCAUUUGAAAACUUAAUACGAUCCAUCGAUAUUAAAAGAUCAACAACUCCAUCAUAUAGAAAUAACACAUUGCCAACAGAUUACUUUCUUUUCAAUGCAGGUAGUAAUUUCAAAUCUUCUUUAACAUAUAGUUUGGAAAAAGACACCAGGGAUUCUAAGUACAUUUUUGAGAAGGGAUAUUACCUCAGAUUAGCGAAUGAAUUGUCAUUACUUUCAAACAACAAGUUUAUCAAAACUAGUUUUGAUUAUUCGAAAGGUUACAGGAUUAGCAAGGAUUUAUUGUUCAAUUUCAACUUUAAGACUGGGUUGAUAAAUGCUUUAAGUGAAGAUUUGAUUCACCCUAUGGACAAGUUCCAGUUAGGGGGUUCAAAUGAUAUGAAAGGUUGGCUAGUUUCUGGAAUGGGACCAAAACAAAUGAAUAUGAGUGUAGGUGGCAAUUAUUUCCAUGCUAUUGGUUUUAAUGUGUUUGCGAACAUACCACAUUACACGGAUUCAAACUUUAAGCUGCAUUGGUUCACCAACGUGGGAAAACUUACCAAUUACAGCAAACUCGAUUCAAAUAUUUUGAAGAAAAACUGUGUAAGCACAGGUGUUGGUUUAUCAUACAGCCAUCCGAUGGCAGCAUUUGAACUAAACUGGGUUGUUCCAAUCUCUGCAAAUUCUAAUGACCAUUUAAGAAAAGGAUUACAAUGGGGUAUUGGCAUUUCCUUUUUGUGA